AUCCUGGACGGCCGCGGGCGACGCAGACAGAUGCGCAUCGAGCGCUGUCGCCGGCGCUCAGCGCAGCCCACGGCGGCGGCGCGGCGGGCGGCGGAGGCCGGACGGCGUCAGAGAGCGGCGGCGGCUUCCAAGCCCGGGACGACGGCCGCCGCGGCCGCGCGGCGGCGGCCAGCGAGCUGCUGCUGGGAGCUUGCGGGCGGGCCGCCUCCCCCGUGCCCGGAGGCGGUGCGGCGGCGGCGACGCCGCCGCCGACGCCCGCGACUCCCCGCACAUCGUCGCCACCAUCGCGCGCUCCGGCCUGCACUCCGGCGGCACCAUCGUGCAGGUGCAGGUGCAGAAGCCGGUGCCGGCCGCCCCCGCGGAGUCGCCGCCGCCGACGGGCCCGGGCGAGUCGCCGCGCCUGCUGGUGCCCAUCGUGCCCAACAUCGCCGCGCCCAACCUGUCCGUGCCGGGCAUCCCGGCGCCGCUGGGCGCGCUGCUGGGCGCCGGCGCCAGGCCCGGGCGUCGUCACCAUCCUGCACGCGGCCGCCACAUCCCCUACGUUGCCGGGCAUGACCGGCCCGCACUCGCUGCCCGCGCGCCGCCCCGUCUGCCACACCCCUCCGCCGGCGCCUCAGCCGCGUCACGCGGCGCGCGCGCGCCGCUUCACCUGCGCCGCCGCCCGCCGCCGCACACGCCACGCCCCGCGACAGCGCAAGGCUCUCCGCUGCCCGCCAUCCGCGUGACGCGCCCGCCUCCCCCGGCCGCCCGCCGACAAGACAAGUUCAGCGGCCGUGCGGACGGCCCGACCCCCGCCGCUUUGCGCGCUCGCAGCCCGCGUCCCCUGGCGAGAAAAGCUCUCCAAAAGCAGCAACAGGGCUGUCAACCUGGCCACCACAGCGGCGCGCAGGACGACGCGAAGGGCGGCGGCGCGGCCAAACGGACGAGGUGGGGGCGGGCCCGGGGCAGCGGCGGCGACCACCACACUUACCACCUCCACCAUGGGGCUGGGGGCGGCGACGCGCCGGCGGCGGGGGCGCGGGCCAAGUUCCUGCGGCCGACGUCGCUGCCGCUCAAGCCGGGCACCUUCACCCCCAAGCGGCCGGGGCUGACGCCGGCCGUGCCGCUGGUCUCGCCCGAGACCCCGCGCCCGCGCAAGUCCUACGGCCAGCUCUACCUCAACGGCCACGCCUACACCUACCUGGGGCUCAAGGUGUCCACGCGCACCUUCUACUGCACGCUCAACCGGCCGCAGCCCAUGUACGUGCUGCAGAGCCCCGACCACCCCAGCCUCUCCAUGUACUCCAACUGGAAGGUGCGUGCGCGCCCGGCGGAGCGUGCGUGCGUGCGAGCGAGCAUGGAUGCGUGCGUGCUGGUGGCGGGGCGCGGGGCGGCGCGACAGGUGGCGAGGCAGCUUCUUUGGGGAGGGCGGCUCAAGGACACAUA